AUGUCAACAGCGCUAAACAUCCAGUUCCUCAUGGUGGCUUGUGUUAUGGGGCUUGUUUUGAUAUCAUUUGGAGCUGAGGGAGCACCUUCUAAACAUCUUCCGAAGAAAGGAAACCACAAGUCAUCAGAAGAAUCGGAGCCAUCAUCAUCAUACCGGUUGAUCUUGGACCCAGAGUUCAAAUCCCCGGCCAGCCCAAACCUUCCUAUAAACAACGACUCCAUCUCUCCAUGGACCUACACGUUUCUGCAGGAUGAGAGCCUGUACCCUUCGAACAUCGCAGUGGCGAAGUGUUCACUGACUGGAUGUCUGAUAGAUGGCACUGAGGACCAGGAUUUCCAGUCCAAACCUAUUUACACCCAAAUCAUGGUCUUGAGGAAAAUUCGAGGAGAGAAGCACAACUAUUCCUUGAGACUGGAGUACAAGACCAUCGCAGUGGGAUGCACCUGCGUCCGUCCAUAUGUACAACAUGUUUAAAAUGUGAGAGCUUAUGGAGUUACAAUACUGUAGAUGUUUGAUCAUUAGCGUUACAGCGUUACAAAUCCGGAGCAUAAGGCUGAAGACUUAUGACUUUAUAAUUUAUUUAUGGUAUCAUGUACAUGUUCGCAAAAUGUGGGCUAUUUAUUUAUUUUCAUGAUAUUUCAUGAUUAUAUAUUUGUUUUUGUUUUAUUUUUUGCCAAUAGAAGAAUUCGAUCCAUCAUCAUCAUACUGUUGAUAUCUGAAUAAUGAGUUAAAACCUUCAUCUGACUUGAUCCAUAAUAAUCUAAUUUAAUGAUGUCAUUAUACAUGUGGUUUCAAAUGUAUGGUA